AUGUAUGAUUAUGCUCAUGAGCUGCGCAGAUCAAAUCUUGGUUCAACAAUCAAAUUAAAGGUUGAAGAUCAUGAUGGUGCAAAGAUAUUCCAAAGAUUUUAUGUCUGUUUAAAAGCAUGUAAGGACAGCUUUGUAUCAUGUAGGUCUAUAAUAGGAUUAGAUGGAUGUUUUUUAAAGGGGAGGUUUAGUGGUGAGUUAUUGACAGUUGUGGCACGAGAUGCAAAUGAUCAGAUGUUGCCAUUAGCAUACACAGUUGUGGAGGGUCUCCUGCCAGCUUUGAAUGAACUCAUCCCAGGAGUUGAUCAAAGGUUUUGUAUGCGCCACCUGUAUGAGAAUUUCAGGAAGAAAUUUCCAGGGAAAAUGCUCAAACGCUUAAUGUGGAGGGCUGCUUACUGCACAUAUCCACAAGCAUGGGAAAAGGUUAUGUUAGAGCUUAAAGAAGUUGACGAGGAUGCAUUCAAACAUUUAAUAGCUAUUCCUCCAAGGUAUUGGUCAAGAUCAAGGUUCAAUACCAAUGUCAAGUGUGACACACUAGUUAACAACAUGUCAGAGGUAUUCAACAGCGUCAUUGUGGAUGCAAGGAGUAAGCCAAUAAUUACCAUGCUUGAAGACAUAAGUUGGUCAGUAGACAAGCUUUUCAAGGUCAGACAUGUGUCUACUAUUGGUGAGAAGUUUGUGGUUAAUGUGGACAACAUGGACUGUAGCUGCAGGAAAUGGGGUAUUACUGGCGUCCCAUGCUCACAUUCUCUGGCUGCAAUGAAAUUCUUAAAUCUAAGUGUAGAUCCAUUUGUAGCACACUGGUUUACCAAGUCCACAUAUGAAGAAAUAUAUUGCUCAAUCAUAUAUCCUGUAAAUGGCCAAGAUGUCUGGGAAAUCACUCCCUUCCCUGAUGUGCUGCCUCCAUUAAAGUGCAUACUGCCUGGACGACCUAAGAAGAAAAGAAGAUUACAAGCCUCUGAGAUGAAGAAAGAUGACACCCAAGUUAGAAGAUGGGGGAUAAGGAAGAAAUGCUCAACAUGUAAGCAACUUGGACACAACAGAAUAACUUGCCCACAAGCUCCACCAUCUCCACCAACUCCACCACCAACAACUACUUCUGAUGAACAAUCCGUGCCUCCAAACCAGGGACCAACUGCUGAUGAAGGCCAAAACAUUUCCAAUCAACAAGUUGUGCCUCCAAACCAGGGACCAACUGCUGCAGAAGGGCAAAAUAUUUGCAGUCAACAAACUGUGACUCCAUCCCAGCCUCCUACUUCUGCUCAAUAUGUGCCUCCAACCUAA